AUGAAGAUCUUCUCAUCAUCGUAUACCUUCGACUAUUCCUGGGAAGAGGUCAGCACGAAUAACUGGCGGAAAUACUGCCCUUGGAACGAGAAGGCUCCCCAUGUUCUUGCCGUCGAUACUGUCUCUCGCCACGUCGAUGCUCAAACAGGAAUCCUGCGUACCGAGCGUCUUAUUACAUGCCAGCAAAACGCACCGAAAUGGAUUCUGAGCAUAUUGGGUGGCGAGACCACCAGUUACGUCUACGAAGUCUCAUACGUCGACCCGGGGUCACAAAAGGUUACUAUGUGCAGCACCAACCUGACCUGGUCCAACCUUUUGGAAUGCCGCGAGACUGUCGUCUAUCAGGCUUCCUCGACCAACCCAAAAGAGAAGACAGAGUUCAACCAGCAAGCCAAGAUCGUAGCACUAUGUGGCGGAUGGCAAAAGAUACGGACCAAGAUCGAAGAAGCCAGUGUCGAACGGUUUCGGGAGAACGCAGCUCGCGGCCGUGAAGGCUUCGAGAUGGUCCUGGAGAUGUCGAGGAGGGUUUUUGGCGAAGAACGACAGAGGUUAAAAGCAGGCGUGCCGCUUAACCUAUGA